AACAUUCCCUAUUACACUCCUAGACGUGCAAAACAACAUGCUGUUGAUUGGAACACAAUAGGCUGUGAUAUCACCAUCCCUUUAUAAAAUGCUGGACUUCUAGUAUAGGAUGUGGUUUUGCGUCUCGCUUAUUUAACACAGACUAUAUCCUGCUAUUAUCUAGAUCCGUGGACAUGACUGACUAUAUAAGAACAACGUAAACUCGAGACUGUGAGAGAAUCACAAACAUAUAGAUCUAUAUGCUUCACUGAGAUCAAUCAUAGAAUAAACAUGCAUCAGCUGUUCUUCUACGUAGCUGUGACCUGCCUGGUAGCAGUAAUGGGUCAGAGCCCAGUGACUGUCUGUCAGCCAGCGGUGUAUCAGGUCAACUACACCAAUCUGUUAACUGGGGACACUGGAUACAUAGUCGCGGACUUCAGUAAAGAUUUAAUGGCAGAAAUCUCCACCAAAACCAACAUUCGUCUUGUCAAAGAUUUCAAAAACUUAAAGACUUAUGAGAUUCCUAAUAACUCCAGCUGCAGACAAUCAACAUUAUCUCCCUGUAAAGUACAGCACCAAUGUUUGCCACCAUACGCCAGGCUGGUCCCACAACAAACUGGCGCCAUUGGCAAUCCAAGAAGUGGUUAUUACCUGACCACUCAGACCUGGGAGAUACCCACAGCCUAUGAUGUCCUGUACAGAAUCACCUACACCUCUCAUUCUGGCAUACCAGCUUGGCCAGUGUUGUCUCAGGAACUGGGCUACCGUGGGACCAACAACAUCUACCAGUUUGUGUCUCCGCUUGCUGCUAUCACAGACACCAAGGCUCUGAUCAUCCCAAACAACUGUGUACCUAAUGAUGUUCUAGCGGCUAUUAAAACGAAAUAAAGUUUUACAAUUAAGUGCAAUAUUAUAAAAAGUACUUUACAAAAAAAAAAUCCAUAUUAAUGUUUUAUACAUUUACAAAUUAUAUUAAUUUUAUUGGACCAGAAAAAGAAAAUUAUAUAUUGUUUAUAAUCCGCUAUUGUGUUGGAGUCACAAGGUAGCACUAGGCUAUGACCCACAGCGUCUCGGAUUAUAAACGAAAUGACUCAAUGUAGCAUUAUGAAUUGACUCUACAACUCUAAGCCUUAUUGCUUAGUUGUUGGUAUUUUGAUUUUGUAAUGUUAUUUUGUUAUUCUUGUUUAAAAAUCUAUUAUACAAACGCAGAUCUAACUUAAAUCAUCUCAUAUCAUAGAAAAUCUGCUGUUCAAGGAAAUGUGUUGUUUUUUUACUUCAGUAUGUUGUACAAAGAUAUAGAUUUUGUUGUCGAUUAACUCGUAUUCAUUAUACAUUAAACUUCAAAGUAUUUGUAUAAAAAUUGUGAGUCUAUAUUUCUAAAAAGCUUAUAUCAAUUCACUCUGUCUGUCUGUGAGGUACAGAGUUUGUACACGGUAUUUCUCCCACACCCAAUCUCGGAUCAAGAUAACAUUUUGUAAAAUUAUUUCUUUUACCUCACAAAACAGAUGACCUUUAGAUCAGCCCUAUAGAUCGUGAGGUCUGAAAGGGUAACUUUUUUACUUUUAUUUAUUAUUUUGUUUAGUAUCUCGAACAAUGAAAAAAAAAGCCUUUAUAUAGCACUAUCUGAGAGAAGGUUCUCCGUGCUGCCUUUAGGCGCUCAGUAAACACAACUCUGCUUAGAGUCGGGUGUCGAACCUCUAGCCUCCUUCAUAGGUAGCCAAGCCAAGCCAAGUUCAAGCUUACUGAGCCUCUUGACCAUGCUUUCUACUAAUUGAAAGAAAUUGUACAUGACUGACAAGGUGGUACAAGUGGUAUUAGCUCCCUUUCGACUUUGUAGGUCGUCGCUUCGCUGGCAUAGUGGCUAGUGUAUUGGCUUGAGGAGGCGGAAUUCGAAUCAAGGUAGUUCAGCUUUUUUUCUAUAGAUAAAUGCACAUAAAAGCGAUCACCUAGAUACCCCCUUUUUUCCCUUCCACCCCUUUCCGACUGGUCCAGAGAAGUGAUAGGAUCAUUGAGUAUCCAGAAAGCUAAUAUUAUGAAAUACCGCUACACAAAAAAAAAAAAAAAAAAACAAUUGGUAAAAGUAUUUGUCAUCGCACAUAUUUUUUAUUGUUAGUCUAGAUCAGUAAUAGGCAAACUACUUUCUACAUUAAAAAAAAUUGAAUUGUCACAAAUUAGACCCCAUUACUAAUUGUAGAAUAUUAGACAAAAUUUAAUAAAGCUACAGUGUUAUUUCAA